AUGCCUUCUACUCAUAGGGGUGUCUUCUCUCUAAUCAUUAUCAACAAGGCCGGUGGUCUUAUCUACCAGCGCGAGUUCCAGGCUGGCCUGCGCAAACUCUCCACGAAUGACUACCUCGUGCUAGCAGGCACAUUUCACGGUGUUCAUGCAAUUACCCGCUCUAUCACCCCGAAAAUCCCCUCUGUACAGCCUCCUUCUCCGGCGACCUCCUCCCCGAGCACAACCCCCUCUGCGUCAUACUCCUAUCCAAACCCAGGCGUGCCAAUCAGUGGUCUGGACUACCUCGAGACGGACAAGUUCCGUCUGACCUGCUUCCAGACUCUGACGGGGACGAAAUUCUUGCUGUUUACGGAUCCCCUGACUGGCAACGUGGACACGAUCGUGCAGAAGAUCUAUGAGCUCUAUGCGGACUUCGUGAUGAAGAAUCCGUUCUACCAAAUUGAAAUGCCGGUGCGAUGCGAAGCCUUCGAUCGGCAUCUGGGGGCGUGGUUGAGAGGACGGACAUGA